AUGCUUAUUUUUCUUUUUGUUUCUUUAGCUUCCUCUGAUAUCAAUAAGUUCAUUAUUACUGAUUUGUAUAAUGGAGCCCUGAUAGACACCUCUACAUCAAAAACUCACACUGAAAUUAAAUCAGCCUCUGAUGGAGCUAUGACUGAAACUGUUUCCUCAUCAAUACUGGAGGCAUCAAGAGCACUGUGCUUAAGACAAAUGACUGAUGAGUUAGAACUUGAGGAUAAAAGAAGACAAUUGAGGUGGAGAGAAGAUUUGAUGCAAAAUGGACUCAAUCUAUUACACCACAUAACUAACGGAACAGAAAAAGCUCAGGAAGAGGAUCACCGUUUGUUCACGCUAAUAUCUUCAGAUGAUACUAAGAUUGAGACUAAAGUCAAAGCCACACCCAUAAAGACCACACCCAUCAGAUUAGACGAUCACUGGCAGAGACUAGUAGAAGAUACUUGGACUAUUUCAAUCAUCAUCACCAACACUGGGGACAAAGAGGUUUCGGACCUGUCGCUAUGGUUACAGUCACAUGACUCCUCCCCUUUUCAAUCCAGAUGUGUACUAAUUGCCAGGGGCUACCGUCAUGAGUCAGAUCCUUCUCCCUCUCCCUCCUCCUCCUUUACUCUUUCUCCUAAUGAAACUGCUUGCUUUGCACUAUCAACCAAGCCACAACAGAUAACUGAUACAAGAUCUUGUGUUAUUCUUUCAUCAUGGACCACUGGUACCCAGUCCACUGUAAGAGGUUACACUCAACUAACUGAGAUGUCAUUCUCUAUUGGUAAUAACUGUAGUGGUGAUGAGUGCACCCCUAUAAUUAAUACUACUAAUUAUCAAUCAAUCCUCUCUCAUUUCUCCAAUAUAAAUCCUCAAGAUAUUAAAGAGUUUACGAAAGAUGAAUGGAGAGAUUUGGCAUGUAUAAUUGGAAGCAAAAUGAGAACAAAAUUAAGUGUCAGUUCUGUUCCACCUCAAAGUCUAUUCUCUCUUCUUGCUUCUUCACCAUCAUUACCACAGCAGCUGCUAACUGUUAAUGACCGCCACAUGUAUGCACAAGGCUCAAGCCCUCUUGAUGGGGUAAUACUGUUCUACUGCAAAGAAACACAAGAGCUGUCUUUAUUGUACAGGGACAGAAGUCAGUGUGAUUCAAUCCUACAAAUUAUUAAUAAUAGUUUACCUGAUGAUGUGAGACUGUCACUAUCUACAUGUAAUACUGAGGCCUCUAUUGAUGGAAUGAAGAGAUUUAAAAGAGAAAUAGAGGGUCUGGGAAUAUUGGGAAAAGAAGGAGGUCUGGACAACAAAAACGAUUAUUUAUAAUUAUUGAAUAAUUGAAAUUAUUUUUAUACUAGUACUUUUAUAGAAACUCACAAAAAA